UUCACAAUAACCUCGUAGAGAAGGAGGUUUCUUUUGAUUUUAUUUUUAUUUUUGUUUUCAAUAAUAAUGCAUAUUAGUUUAGUCAAAACAAUCGUUUUGAUAAGUAGUCUGAUUAUAGUGCAGAUCGAUGGGAUACAAGAUGCCGAUGGCAAACGAAUUGUGAGCAAAUAUGAGAGCGUCAGUCAAUUGUAUCCACAGCUGUCGUCGAGCGAAUCCUCGCAAUGGCGUUAUGCGGACAAGGAUCUGCAACAUCCCUGCAAACGGGACUGUGUGGAGCAACAAUCGAUGACAUGCUAUUAUUACAUGGUCGUGCAUUACGAUGACACGAUGUCCGACACCUGCAAGCGAUAUUUGCAAUCAAAGUAUCGAUUCAAACUGAAUGGCAAGGAGUAUAUCGAUAGUUUCAAAUUGGCAGAGUUAGAGCCGCGCAACAGCGAUGACUGCAAAUACGCGGAUGGCCUUGAAUCCCCGAUCAUGGUGGUCAAUGGCAAAUUGCCGGGCCAAUCGAUCGAGGUGUGCCAUGGAGACACCAUUGUGGCGGACAUCAUCAACAGCAUGCACGAGACGACAACGAUUCAUUGGCAUGGCAUUCACCAGAAAUCCACGCCCCACAUGGAUGGCGUCCCCCAUGUCACCCAGUAUCCCAUUGAGCCCGGCCAGGCAUUCCGCUAUCGCUUCGAGGUGGAUCACACCGGCACCAACUGGUGGCACAGUCACACCGAACAUCAGCGCGCCUUCGGACUCGCUGGUCCUCUGAUUGUACGACAGCCCCUGAAAAUGAAUCCCCAUUCGCAUUUGUAUGACUUUGAUAAGACGGAGCAUGUCAUCAUGAUUCAGGAUUGGGUGCACAACUUUGACGAGAGCAUUGCCGAGAAUAUCCUCAUCAAUGGACGCGGUCGCAACAUGAAGAAGGACACCAAGUCAAAGCCCACUCUCUAUGCAACAUUCAGUGUCAUUCGAGGUGGACGCUAUCGAUUCCGUGUCAUCUUCAACGGCGUCUCCAACUGUCCCAUCAGCAUGAGCAUCGACAAUCACGACCUGGUUGUCAUCGCCAGCGACGGCAACGACAUUGAGCCCGUCGAGGUGCAGAAGAUAAUGUUCCAUGGCGCCGAGAGAUUCGAUUUUGUGCUGCACGCGAAUCAGGAUGUGGCCAAUUAUUGGAUACGCAUUAAGGGCUACAGUUUCUGUGCCAAGAACCAACUGCAUCAGGAGGCAGUGUUGCACUAUCAGGAUGCCGAUGGCCGUGCUCUGGACACGCACACGUUGAGCUAUGCCUACGAUGCGCCCGGAGUGAUGCUGAACGAGCUGGGAGAUGAUGCUGGCGGGGAUAGUGAUCAGAGCAUCUCGCUGGUCAGCUUAAAUGCCCGUCACAUUGAACCUGCUUUGACGCCGGCGCUCACCUAUUACACGAGCAUGAAUGCCUUGGAGCUGCGGGGAGAGGGUUUCCGCUUUCAGAUGGAUGACAUUACCUUCAGCAUGCCGAAGUUAUCGUUUCUGCAGACCCGCAAUCUGGGCAUUGGUCAAUUCUUCUGCAAUAGCACGCAGCAAGCGGCACUUGGAUUCAAUUGCAAGAGUCGUCAUUGCAAGUGCUCCAAUGUCAUCCAUGUGCCGGCCAAUAAAAAUGUCGAAUUUGUCAUUUCCAGCAAGUCGAAUACUCCGCAUCCCAUUCACCUGCACGGCUACACGUUUCGUGUGGUCGGGAUGGGUGUGCUCGGCGAGAAACGAAUCGGUCAGAUCGAGGAAAUCGACAAGCGCACUCCUCUGCCGCGACGUGGACGCGGUGCACCGCUUAAGGAUUCGGUGCAGGUGCCGGCAUUUGGCUACACUAUCAUACAAUUCAAUUCGAACAGUCCCGGAUACUGGAUGUUCCAUUGUCACAUAUCCCCGCACUCGGAGAAUGGCAUGGCCGCCGUUGUCCGUGUUGGCGAGGAUAUCGAAAUGAAAAUGUGCCCCGUUAGUAAUUGCGGGCUUUGUAGUUCGGUUACGUAAUGCAAACUUUUUACUAAUGAUUAUUAUUUAUAACAUGCAUGCAAUUUAUUUAAAAAUAAAUACAAAAAUCGUUGCACUCGGUUUGAAUUCGAAUUUGAA